CAUAGCGACGGGAAGGACGGCGGAGAAACAGAGAGGAGCCAGGCGCAGGGGGAGCAGUGACCGGACAACUCAGGUUUAAAAGGAAGUGGAGAGGCGGCGGCUUGUGGCGCUGAGGAGGCCGCGUCCGGACCAGAGGAGGCCGCAGCGCCUAUGCCCGGCUCCUGUGUGCUGCCCCCGGGCGGGACGAGACCUGGCCCCAUGAUGGAUGAAGAACCUCAACAUUCACACUGUGCUUGUUGUGUCAGUCGAAGAUGCAUGAUAAGACCAGAGACUGGAAUUUCCUGCGAUCUCAUCGGCUGCCCACAUGUUUGUGGGGCGGUCUUCCAUUCAUGCAAAGCCGAAGAACAUCGAAUGUUAUGUCCCCUAGAAAGAGUACCUUGCUUGAACAGCGGUUUUGGAUGUCCAUUUUUUAUGACGCGUAAUAAACUAGCUGAACAUUUACAGCUCUGCCCUGCCAGUGUCGUUUGUUGCACAAUGGAGUGGAAUAGGUGGCCGGUGAGCUACGCCGAUAGAAAAUCGUACGAGAAUUUGAGCAGAGAUGUUGAUGAAGUAGAACAACUAGAUAUGGCUCUAGCAUUGCAAGAUCAAAGAAUGCUCUUGGAGUCUCUCAAAGUGGCCACCAUGAUAUCUAAAACUACUGAAAAACUUGAAUCGCCUAAACAGAUAGCUGUCAAAACAGAAGAUGAGGGCAAUGCGAUCACAAAUGAUGUAUCCAGUGAUGAAGAUUCCUACAGUGCACUUUAUCAAGCAACAGUAGAGACCACUAAAAGUUUAGCAGCUGCUCUUGACAUCUUAAACAGUGCCACAAGAGACAUUGCGGUGCUUAAUGGAAGGCUACGAGAUGCAAGCUGCGAGAUGAACAAAAACUUCCAGCUCUCUGAGCACAAUAGUAUACACAAUACCUUUAUGGAUCAGGAAUUUGAUGAUGAAGACAGUAUUGGGGCUGCUAGUGGAAUGGCCUGCAGCUCCUUGAAACAAAAGUGUCAAAAUGGUUCAAGUGAUUUCUAUCCACGAACAAAUGGUAGUUAUGUGGUGGAAAGUGAUGACGUGAGCCAGGUAUCUGUUAUGUGCAAUGGUUUCCAUGAUAACACGCUUGCUCCUCAGGGAAAAGAUAAUGUGUUUACUGUGGGACCUAAUGGAAAUGGUGCUGUCAUCACCGUAGAAGGUGAGAAACUCGUCAGUCAAUGUAGCUCCUUGCCUAGCGCCAACCCAGUCUCCUCUCCACCACUCGUAAAUGGCUCUAGCGAACAAAUAUUGGAUAAGAAAGAGGAACAAGGAUUACGAAAUGUUGCUGUCUUUGGAAGAAGUCCUUUCUUGGCUGAUACGUAUUGGUUCAAGACUAGAACCGCAAAUAAAUCAGUGGACACUUCUGACUUGGAAGUUCAAGAAGACCCAAUGGGGCUCAAUGGUAUUGACUUAAUUACAGCUGCUUUGCUAUUUUGUUUAGGGGAUUCUCCUGGUGGUCGAGGGAUUUCAGACAGUCGAAAUGUAGAUGGUUAUCAUGUUGACUUUGGAACACAAACCUUUUCAUUUCCUUCUGCAAUAUUGGCAACAAAUACCAUGGUUGGGGAGAUAGCUUCAGCUUCUGCUUGUGACCACGCAAAUCCCCAACUAUCUAAUCCUAGUCCUUUUCAGACACUUGGUCUGGACUUGGUUCUGGAAUGUGUUGCGAGAUACCAAACUAAACAGAGGUCUAUGUUUACAUUUGUAUGUGGACAAUUGUUUAGAAGAGAAGAGUUUUCCUCUCACUUUAAGAAUGUUCAUGGUGAUAUUCAUGCAGGUCUGAACGGCUGGAUGGAACAGAGAUGUCCAUUAGCAUAUUAUGGAUGUACUUAUUCCCAACGUAGGUUUUGUCCUUCAACUCAAGGAUCAAAAAUUAUCCACGACAGACACUUGAAAUCAUUUGGGGUUCAACCUCAUUUACCCAUUGACAUUGAAACUACAAAAAGUUCUUCAUUAGGACCACCCGUUAAUCACCUUAGUAGUUUGCCUUAUGAAGUUCUGCAGCAUAUUGCAGGGUUUCUUGAUGGUUUUUCCUUGUGCCAGCUUUCAAGAGUGUCUAGACUUAUGAGGGAUGUAUGUGCCAGUUUACUACAAGCCCAUGGAAUGGUGGUUCUGCUGUGGGAAAAGAGACAGUAUCCCCAUGGAAGUUCCUGGCAAAUCAAAGAGCAGGUUUGGCGGUUCAGCACUGCGUUCUGCACAGUGAAGGAGUGGAAGUUUGCGGAUAAUGUGAGCAUGGCAGAGCAUUUGAAUAAGUGCAGCUACAAUACGGUGGAAAAGAGAGAAGAGGCUGUCCCUCUUCCUUGCAUGUGUGUGACCCGAGAACUGACAAAAGAUGGCCGCUCACUCCGCUCCGUCUUGAAGCCGGUCCUUUAAUAGGAGGAAGGUGGACACUUUCCAAACGCCAACACUCAAGCACCAGUUUUAAAUGCUAUCCAAUCUCUUUUGACACUUUAAUAGUAAAGUAAGAAGCCGCUCGAUCACUGUAUAGAACUGGUUUUGGAAGUGAUGUUUAU